AGUCACUAGUCUUGAUAUUUCUUAUCCUCAGGCUCCUAGCUCCAUGAAAUCUGUAUUACAGGCUGCCUGGCUUUUGACAGUAGCCUUCGGGAACUUGAUUGUUGUCGUCAUAGCCAAGCUCCGUUUGUUUAACAAACAGUCGUUGGAAUUCUUCAUGUUCUCUGGCCUGAUGGCGAUAGACAUGUUGAUAUUUGCAGCUAUGGCAUAUUACUACAAGUACGUCAAUCAGCCGCAAGAGGUGCUCGAUAGUGAGAAAUCUCCAGAAUCAACGGAGAAAGAUGCCAAAGUCUAUCCUAAACUUAGCGGUGUUCACAACGAGGGUUUUCUGGAGGAUACAAAGAUGUGAUGAUGUUGGACGUAGAGAAUGACCAGUGAACAACACAAAAUACUAGGAAACAAAAUGCAGAGAAGACUGUAAAGUAUCGGAAUUCCUAAUAUAUACGCAAAUAGGAGAACACCAGACUUUCCAUACACGCUCACGAGUAUGCAUUAGUUGAUUUCUAGAGUCCGUUUAGAGUCGAUCCAUUACGAAAACUUUGAAAAUUGGUGUUUUUAAGUAUACUGCUUAAUAAAACCAAUCAUAAUCGUGUGAGCAAUUUUAUUUUGUUUGAAACUUAAUAUAUUAAUCUAAGUAUAGUAUUUACAUAGUUACUUUACUAAUUUAUCUGGGUUAGGGACAACAUGGUAAGAAUAUUACCUAACAUUUGGUUUAGUUGUGAGAAUUUCCACGAGAAUACUAUAUAAAUUUUGCUCAUCAGAUUCCACUAGUUGAAAUUGACUUUAAGCGCCACCUCUUAGAUUUUCUAGCAACCAGUUUGGCUUUUCACAAAAAUCUUCUUUGAAUGUGAAAAAAAUUAGAGAAAAAUAGCUGACAAUUUUAUGCUUACUUUCUGAAAUAUCUUCGUCUCUGCUCUCACCAAGAUUUUCGGAAAGCGCCAGAACUUGCAAACAAAUGUUCUACAACAGCGUUUCUCAACCAUUUCGAUACCAGAGAUCGUCUGCUUCCAUAACUCAUCAUGAACCACUAAAAUGCAAGUACAAUGAAAAAUCAUUUCGAUUUACAAAGGAAUAUUCUGUCAGUUUUUGUCGUAAAAUCCUACGGACAGGAAAGGUGGUUGUGACAGAUCAAUGCUUGUCCUCGGCCUGAUGGUUGAGAAACACUGUUCUACAAUAACCACCAUGCAUAUCUUUC